AUGGGGGGGCUAUUACUUGAUUCAUUGGCUGACUCGGUCAAACAAGGCCUGCAACAUCCGUCGAAAUGCUCGAACACAACUGUGGCUACGUUGCGCCAGCUGCUUACAAGUGCUACGAACGAUGCGAAACCCAAGGAAACGAAGUCCACGAAACGAGUCACAGCGAAUCCAACGUCCUCCAAACCCAGUAGGACGGUCAAAAUACGGGCUGCCGCAAAAGCUUCCGUUCCUACGCAGUCCACGGGCGAAGCGGACGCGCCGCUACUAUCGAAGCAUGAGAAGCUAGUCCUCGCGACCGAGGUGUUUAAUAUCGCGUCGAAAUUACUCUCCGAGCAUAUAAAGAAGGUCCCGGCAUCUCGAGCUACCAAGGCGCCUAGAGCAAAUGGAAAUCACGGAGGGAGAAAUGAUGGUGGGGCGAAGACACCGUUACAGUUAACGUCGCCAAAUCCAAAGAUACAACCACUAGAUAAUGUGAAGGAUGGCUCGGAUGAGUUGGUCAAGGCCGACGGGAAAACACGAAUUAACGUUGUUGCGGAAUGCGCUUUGCUGUCCCUGGAAACUUUGCGAGAUAUACGAGUCUCCGAGGAAAGCUUCGAUCCAAAUAAUCUUCAUUUGAGCCAGGGGAUAGCGAUAUUAGUUGGGAAGCUACUAGUUGUUGGAUUACAAGAUCUAGCGAUUAAAGCGCUGUGGAUGUUAAAAUCAACUCUACUGAUCGCUAUCGACGCUGAACGGACGAAGAGGACCCAGGGACUUGUGAAAAAGCACAUGGCCAUUCAAAAGCCGUCACUAGAGUCUCUCCUAGAGUUCCAAGUUCUACCUGAAAGCGGACCACUCCUACAACUUCUCAUCUCCUUCCAGUCCUAUGCUCUCAAGAUUCUAACGUCUGGAGGAAGCCCCGUUACAAGCCGCAAGAUCCUUCAACUGCUAACGUUAGAGAACCCCUCAAGCCCUGCCAAUGCAAUUCUUGCGGCGCAUAACAUGGGAACCAUUACGGACGAUAAGGCAGCCCAGCAACUUCAAUCCCAUUCUCAAAAUAUCCUGUCACUUUCUAUCAUACUUUCGCCUGCUGAAGAGAAACAGACCCCAUCUGACAGUCGAGUUAACCCGACAGUACCACUACUGCUUCAAUUCCUCGCGCUAGAAAUACGUUGUAUUUGGUGGAAAAUAUCUGGUCAUAACUGUGAUCAAGAUAAGGAACUUUGGGGGCCCCUUUCUCGAUACGUUACUACCUAUGCCAGACGGUGUCCGAAUUCGCAAAAGCACGAGUUUGAUGGUAUUCAAGCUGCAUUUGGAAAGUUAAAGGCGCGCUUGAAAUCGAAUGGAUAUAUUGAGCAAAAUUCUGAGCACAAAUCCAACUUCAUGGCAGUAGUUGCAAAGACGCUUGGCCAGAUUGCUUACAGCGCUGGCCGCUUAGAAAUUGCAACUGAGCUCUGUGAAUCCUCUGCUACAUCUCUCCCUAAUGGGCGGCCGGUACAGCGCGCAAUAUUUCAGUGUCGAAGAGCUCUUUUGAAAGUCGAAUCACUUAAACCGCGAUCGACUCCGGAUACCCAAGCCUUGAAUGCUAUUGGUGAAGCCGCAACUGAUUUGGCAUCUUCCAUGAAGGGCAACCAGACUGAACUGGAUGAGCUUCUCAUGGAGAGCGCGUUACUCAAGAAAGCAGUCAUGAAACAUAUCUCGUCAACAGAGCCGUCUUCGAAAGACGAUCUAGGGGAUUCGAGCGUCACUAAGAUUUAUGAUUCUACUCUAAGUUAUUUAGUGAGCUUUGUUCGGUUCCUUGUACGUUAUCUAACGCCGGCUGUUCAAGACGCGCAGCAUGACGAUGUAGAUGCGCUGUCUCUGUGCCUACAAAAGUGCGGGAAUAUUGCACUGGCUGCGGUAGACUCUGGAGUUGCACUUGGGAAACUUUCGUCUGGGGGAACUUCGCUGCUGUGGUCAAAGGUUGAGCCUGUUUUACCCGCCUGUGUUUCACUCUGCCAGCUCCUUCGAAAAAUCGGUUCCCGCUGUGAGCCAGAUAAUGGUGCGGCCUUGAAUUCCUCACUUCGUCUCUUGAGGAUUUCAAACCUAUACUGGUCUACCUAUAUGCGAUAUAAAGAUUUGGGCAAAGAACCUCUCGAAUUAUUACCUCCUGUGGAACAAGCUAUAAAUGUGCUUAAACACUGCGCCUUACCAGAACAAAUUUCCGGACUUAUUUCAAUUAAAUUAGAACGACAAGCGGCCUUAUACUCCGAGAUUGGGAAGGCUAAAAGGUCUUCCGCAGCUUAUAUUUCAGCAAUACAAGCCCAUCUUGAGGCUGGAGUGUUGGAAACCGCUAGUCGCAUGGCGUCCGAGGGCCAUCCACGUCAUAUCUGGAAGGACCCUAGGGGGCCAGCAUACGCACUGGGUCGGGUCAUGGGCUCCUACAUCAGGAGCCAAAUCAAACAUGAACCCCGGUUGAAUUCAGUCAUAUAUGAUAGUGAGGGCCUCCAGCCAUGCCACCGAGCAACUCUACUCGAGCAACAAGCAGCCAUUUUAAUGGACACACCACAAGUAGCCACUUCGCCUGCAACUAUUGCACACCUCUCAUCAUUGAUAUCCACCAUCCUUUCUUUACUCACGUGGGGGACCUACCCUAUCCGUCGCUCAAGGGUUAUUCACCAAAUCUUGCGGUUUUUGCUAGAGCAUAACCCCCCGUUUGAAAAAUCAUUUUCUGAAUCCCUACUUACUGAAGCAGCCAGAUGUCUGUCUUCCAUUGUUACACCUUCUGAGGACAAAGACUUGAUGCUUCUCCGUGAUGACCUCGAGGCGUCUCUUAUGAUCACUAUGGGAUUUUGUUCAGGAACUCCGUCUACUGAAGUUCUAGAGAAUGCUGUCCAGACCUGGGUCGUCAUUCUUCAAGGCUGUGGGUCAUGGGAGUCUGUUCAAGCUCGGAUUGGAGACCCUCUUGCCUUGGUGGCUCAAUUGCGUGGCCUCGUUGAUUAUUUGGAAGUUCGAGGGCUAUGGAAAUUAAAGAUAACUGCGCUCGCGGCCAUCAGUCGACUUUUAACGUUGCAAGAGAGAGCCGAUUUCUCUACGACGGUUGCAUGUUAUUCCUCAAUGGGCCUUCAAUACAGCCGCCUCGGAUACUCUGAUAAGGCUGGCCACAUGCUUACCAAAGCCAAGGCUAUAUCUGAAGAACAUACCAUUACUCCGCAUGUUCUACUAUCGUGGCAUCUUGGCUUCGCAGAAUAUCAAUUAGAGAUAGGGGAUCCCGCAAAGAGUAUCGAGAGUAUAUUGCGAGCUCAGCCAAUAUUUGACGGCAUAUCGGCUAGCCUAUCGAAGGAAAAUUUCCAAACGCGGGCCACAAUUGAGCGCCUAGCAGCAGAUGCCUCAACCCUUUUGUCCCGAUCAUUCUUAGCUAAAGGUGAACCGAACGAAGCCGCUUACUAUGCGAAGCGUGCGGUCAAGAUAAGCAGUCGAUUAUGGGCCCGACUAGAGAAAUACAUCGAAACUAAGCUAGAGAAGCAUAGCCAAGACAAGAGUUCCAUUAGCCCCGAUGCUCUUGCGGAUGGAAUCGCAGCCCUUGAGAUAUCUGCCAAAAACAGAAAACCUUCAAACUCUCACUUCGAGGGGUCGGUUUACUGGCCACAUUUUUCUUCUCACGUGGCCGCAUUACUACAAUUAUCACGGAUUUCAGAUCAUAAUGGAUUCUUCCAAGAAGCAGUCUACCACGGCGAACAGGCCCUAGCAGCUUGUGAUGCAAUUGGUGCUCAUUCGCUUGCUGCCCUUGUUAAGGCCGAGCUCGGUGAUCGUUUUAUUCGAGGUGGUCGUACGCACAAAGGAGCUGAACUCCUGGAGAAGCUGCAUAACGAGUCUCAAGUGUCGCUUGACUCCAUUCUCCCCAUUUCACUUAAUAUGCAUUUGGUCUCUCUCUACGUCCUUAGGGAGGAGAUGGAGAGUGCCUAUCGCAUCCUUUCCGAGUCAAUACAAGCUCUAAUGAGCUUAACGAAUACCAAUACCGUGGACUUACUUGACCCUUUUUUCGACCCUUUGAAGGAAAUUGUGAAACAGACGAAGGACCUAAGUAUCACUUCCGCCGAGAAGCCCUGCACCACUACAGCCACACGCGCACUUCGCUCGCGCAGCGUUAAAAAGCCGCGUCAAACAAAACCUCCCCCCGUUCGACCGAAGACCCCUGCCCCUAUCGAAGUAGAUACUCCCCACAACCGGCCACUGAUUGCACGGCUUCAUAGCAAUCUUCUCAGAAAACAAGCUAUGCUUCUACUACCCUCUCAAAAAUUUAAUGAAGUACUCACACUGCUAAACCAAGCCGACAGAGUCUUGUCGACGGAAACGACAGACUCUACCCAUAGCCUCUGCAAGGUACAUUAUACGCUCGGAGUAGCAGUACAAAAGUUAGCGGGCCAUUCAGUCUACUGCGUUCUUCCAGAAUCAACAAUAUCACUUCCUUCUCUCCAUUGUGCCGGUCAGGUUUUAAAAGAAACAGCUUCGAGGUCAAAGUCUCGGGCUGGGACAAGACGGUUGAAAUCUGCGUCUACAACUGAAACUUCGGCCAAACCCCUCUCUCAUGGCGAAGGAGAUAUUUCGGAAACACUUUCCACAGCGAAACAAGUUCUUGCAGAUAUUUCAUCGUCCGUAUCUCUACGUGGUUCGAGUAAAGAGGGUCAUGAAAUCUCCUACCUUCGAAGCCGGACAUCAAUGCUGGCAUUUGCAACAGGAUCUGCACGUAGUUCCGAGGUGGAACCUUUUAUUGCCGCACAUGCUAUAGAGCUGGGUCGGAAUUCCGCCUUUUCACGGGAUCACCUCGCUAUUGUCUCCGAUAAGGAGUUAUCUGGCCACAUGAGCGGUUUAGAUUGGCCAGCUUCUCCAUCAGCAAACUUAGCCCUACCACCUGUCGAAGAAAGUCACUUUAUUGAAAACUACGUUAAUAGUCUACCGGCUGAAUGGGACAUUAUAUCUAUCACUCUCUGUCCUAGUCAGGAUGAGUUUAUCAUAUCGAAGCUUCGGUCAGGACAAAGCCCACUCAUUCUGCGCCUCCCACUCAAGCGAGGGGGGGAAGACGACAUGGAUGAGGAAACAUUUAGUUUUCAGGAAGGCAAAGCCGAACUGUUGGAAAUCAUUCGCCUAGCAAACGCGAGCGCUCACAACACCGGGGCUUGUGUUGGCAAAAAGGCAAAGAAAGAGUGGUGGGCAAACAGAGAAAAUCUUGAUCAGCAACUGAAGGACCUUCUCCAAAAUAUUGAAACAGUAUGGUUUGGGGGAUUCCGUGGGAUAUUUUCUCAAGCUCCAAGGAACGAAGCACUUUUAGCGAAGUUCACAAGUUCCUUUAACAAAAUCCUUGACAAACACCUUCCAUCAAGAAGGGAGAAACGAGGAAAGGCCAAGGUCAACUAUCCUACCUUCGACCCAUGGGUGAUGGAGCUGUUUGUCAAUAUUGGCAGCCUUGACGAUGAGAUGAACCCAGAAGAUGCCGUGAUGGAUUUCUUAUAUUUCAUCGUUGAUAUUCUUCAAUUUCACGGGGAGACGAAUGCGUAUGAUGAAAUUGACUUUGACAUGAUGGUUGUAGAGACACUCGAUGCGCUACACUGUUAUGCAGAAGAAGAUAGGCGGGAGCGAACUUCAACGCACUCCCGCCAUACCAUACUAAUUCUUGACAAAUCCCUCCAUGCAUUCCCAUGGGAGUCCAUGGGUUGUCUACAAAACUCUUCGGUUUCCCGUAUGCCAUCACUUCAAAGUGUACGAGAACAAGUGCUGCGAUUUCAGGGUCAAGAAAUCCCCGAAAACGGCCAAUUCGGGUUUUAUGCUAAUAGAAACAACGGCACAUAUAUCCUCAAUCCUGGCGGUGAUCUCAAGUCAACGGAAACCGCCUUUGGAGCACCACUAUCGGCCUUACAAGGUUGGACAGGUAGAGUGCAUACAGCACCAACGGAGGAGGCAUUCGAAACCGCGUUAAAAAGCAAGGACAUCAUGCUGUACUUCGGACACGGCAGCGGAGCCCAAUACAUCCGCGGUCGGACCGUUAGAAGGCUUGAUAGGUGUGCUGUGACUUUCCUGAUGGGAUGUAGUAGCGGCUCAAUGACGGAAGCGGGUGACUUCGAGCCCUACGGAACACCAUGGAAUUACAUGCAUGCUGGAGCCCCUGCUUUAGUAGCAACGCUUUGGGACGUCACGGAUAAGGACAUUGAUCGAUUUGCUAAAACAGUGUUUGAAAAAUGGGGGCUAUUAUCCGCCUCUGCAUCGACGGCGAAUUCUUCUACUUCACCAUCCCAAGGUGAGAACCAGGCAGAUCAAAUCGGCUUAGACACGGCGGUGGCUGGCUCUCGGGACUCAUGCAUCCUCAAAUACUUGAAUGGCGCAGCGCCCGUCAUAUAUGGAGUUCCGGUGUUUUUAAAAUAG